AAGAGAGAGAACGGAGCAAAGGAUGAGUGAAGAGGUGAAAUUGUUAAAUUAUCACUAUAUUUGACUCUGACGGAAUUUGCGAACUUAAAAACUGGGAGGAUAGAUUGGAUUAGCCAAUGGGAGGAUAGAGUGAUGUCCCUUCAAAACCUUAAACCUCAAUCUACUUAAAGAGUUAUCUCGCCUUAAAACUCUCUCUCACACUCUCGCACAUGGGGUCUCAAUCUACUUAAAGAGUUAUCUCGCCUUAAAACUCUCUCUCACUCUCUCGCACAUGGAGUCUAUGUAGUGGAAAAAGUCACAUACACAGAAACCACUCUUUGCUGAGAGUUGAUGGCCAAGCCCAUCUUCGAUUUCAUCGAGUUUUGCUUUCUCCAGCCUCAUUAGCUUUCUGGGUUAUUCAUACCUCUGUCACAGAGAGAGAGAGAAAGAGAGGGGUAUUGAAGGAGGUUGAAGGAACAAGGGGGACCUACUGCUUAAUUUUUGGCGGGCAGCAACGGUCACUGUCAAUGAUUUUGAUGCGGGUGGUGGUUGUGGCUCUCUCUCUAUGACCCAUCUAAUCACACUUGCAUCUUGAUCAACAAAAGCCAACACCACCUUCUCCUCCUCCUCCUCCUCCUUCUCGGGCUUAAUUUCUUUUGUUUGCUUUUUGGUCAGCAAGGAGAAUUCGGUUAUCUUUUGCUGCUUGGGGCUGAAGGGGAAACAGCAGAUCUCAGUCAUAUGAAGAGAGAUUUUAUUCUGGUGGGUGUGCUUCUGGUAGUUGCCGUGUUCAGUGAUGCUCCAUGGGGUGCCAGAGGCAGCGCACAUUGCAAACUGACAAACUCUGGGGAACUUCGACCUCACAGUGUCUCGAUUACCGAAUUUGGCGCGGUUGGAGAUGGGGUCACUCUCAACACAAAAGCGUUUCAGAAUGCCAUCUUCUAUCUCAAUUCAUUUGCUGACAAGGGUGGGGCCAAACUUUUUGUCCCAGCAGGCCGGUGGUUGACAGGAAGCUUCGAUCUCAUAAGUCAUCUUACUCUGUGGUUAGAUAAGGAUGCAGUAAUUCUUGGAUCAACAAACUCUGAUGAUUGGCCGGUCAAUGAACCUCUACCAUCAUAUGGCCGAGGAAGGGAGUUGCCAGGUGGAAGGCAUCGAAGCCUCAUUUAUGGACGCAAUUUGACUGAUGUUAUCAUAACAGGUGAUAAUGGAACCAUUGAUGGCCAAGGUGACAUCUGGUGGAAGUGGUUUAGGACUGGAAACCUGAACAAUACACGGCCCCAUUUGGUUGAGUUGAUGAACUCAACUGGGGUUGUCAUCUCAAACCUAACCUUCUUGAAUUCACCAUUUUGGACCAUUCAUCCUGUAUAUUGCAGCUUUUAUGAAAUAGGGGGAGAGUUGAGACUUGUUUUCUGGAUGAACAGCCAUGUUACUGUCCAGAAUGUCACAAUCCUUGCUCCUCAUGAUUCACCAAACACAGAUGGGAUAGAUCCAGACUCCUCUCAUACUGUUUGCAUUGAAGACUGUUAUAUUAGCACUGGAGAUGACCUGAUUGCCAUCAAAAGUGGGUGGGAUGAGUAUGGCAUUGCAUAUGCUCGUCCAAGUACAAACAUUAUCAUUCGCAGGAUAAUUGGAGAGACUCAAAGUGCAGGGAUUGCAAUUGGCAGUGAGAUGUCUGGAGGUGUAUCAGAGGUUCAUGCAGAAAACCUUCGAUUCGUCAAUUCAAGCGUGGGUAUCGUAAUAAAGACAUCUUCUGGAAGGGGUGGUUAUGUAAGAGAUAUCUACAUAUCAAAUGUGACUCUGGCCAAUGUAGAUAUAGCUAUAAGAUUCAUCGGUCACUAUGGGGAGCACCCAGAUGAGUUUUAUGACCCAAAGGCUCUCCCUACAAUAGAAAGGAUAACUGUCGAAAAUAUUGUAGGGGAGAAUAUUAAAUAUGCAGGCUUCCUUGAGGGUAUAGAAGGGGACACGUUUCUCAAUAUUUGCCUAUCCAACAUUACCCUUAAUGUAACUUCAGAAUCUCCAUGGAACUGUUCUUAUAUUCAAGGGUAUUCUGACUUAGUAAACCCAGAAACUUGUGAGUCACUCGGAGAGAAACUCUCUCCUCAGAAUUACUCAGAUUGUUACCAUCUAUCAAAUCACUUGCGGAGUUCAAUUAAUCAGAAGAAAGGUGCUUGGUUUCUGUCUUGGUAAAUAAGGGAAGUAUAGCAUUUCCUUGGUUGUAGAACCGCCUUAUGUGAAUGUCCAAUAUAUGUUGAAAAUUUGAUUCUUGCCA